AUGGCUUUUCCGAAUCGAGGGGUAGUUUUAAUUCUGAUCUCUUUUCUCACAUAUCUUGCUGGUCUUGCCAUCGCCCAGGGAGGCCAUCAGUGCGGAACCAACGGAAACUAUACACAGACCAGUGCAUACGGAAAGAACCUCGAUGUUGCCUUAUCUAUUCUUAACGAAACAAAUGAAAAUGGUUUCUUUAUGUCGUCUUCACAUCAUUCAAAAGGCGAUGAGCCGAGCAGUGCUUAUGCUCUUGCACUAUGCAGGGGGGAUCUUAAUCAGGAUACCUGUCUCAAAUGUGUUGCCCAUGCUAUCAAUCAGCUAACAAAAGAUUGUCUCAAAAAAAAGAAAGCAACAGGAUGGUAUGAUGGUUGCAUACUAAGCUACUCUAAUAGCUCCUUGGUAGACAAUGUUGACGACAACAUGGAUGUUAAAUACUUUGAGCGCCUUGUAUAUUAUGGGAGUAGCCACCAUAAUAUAAUCAGCAGGGCUCCAUUCUAUCAGACAAUGAAGAAAUUAUUCCAUCAGUUGCGAAGUCAAGCAACAAGAGGUGGUUCCCAUAGAAAAUAUGCCUCCGGUAAUAUGAAUGUACCAGGUUCUGCGAAUACCAUUUAUGGUAUUAUGCAAUGUAGUCCAUUUAUAUCUCAGCAACAAUGUGGUGCGUGUUUAUCGAGUGCUACUGCAUAUCUACGGGUUCGUUUUAAUGGAAGUGCUGAUGGAAGAGUUUACUACCGAUACUCAUGUUUCUUAAGAUAUCAAACAUCUCCUUUCUAUAACCAAUCUUUAUCUGUAGUUCCACCUUCAACGCUGUCAACGCCUCAGCUUCGAGGAAAAAAAAGAAUAUCCCAUAAAAUCAUCAUCGGACCAGCCAUAGCAGCCACAGCAGGGAGUUUACGUUCACCCAUUGAGACGUCGAUUUACAUUCUUGGUGCAGGAGAAGAGCUGUUUGCCGUGUCAGACGAUGACACUGGAGAGAUGAUUUACUUUACACUAAGUGUAAUGCAUGUGGCCACAAACAACUUCUCACAUGCAAAUAAACUCGGAGAAGGUGGUUUUGGUCCUGUUUAUUCGGGAGAGCUGUCCGAUGGUAAAAAGAUAGCAGUGAAAAGGCUUUCCCAGAACUCAAGUCAAGGACUGCAAGAGUUCAAAACAGAAGUAAAACUAAUUGUAAAACUGCAGCACAAGAAUUUGGUGAGGCUUUUAGGUUGUUGUAUCAAAGGAAACGAAAGGCUCCUUGUGUACGAAUACAUGGCUAACAGUAGUCUCGACACCUACCUCUUUGAUUCAAGAAAAGCCAAGGAACUGUACUGGGCUAAGCGUGUGAAGAUAGUAAGCGGAAUAGCAAAGGGGCUACGAUAUCUUCACGAGGACUCUCGCCUCAAGAUCAUACAUAGAGACCUAAAAGCUAGCAACGUGCUAUUGGACGAGGAGAUGAACCCUAAGAUAUCAGAUUUUGGCACUGCUAGAAUAUUUGGAUUGAAUCAAAUCGAAGCUAAUACUGGUAGAGUUGUUGGAACCUACGGAUACAUGGCACCGGAGUAUGCAAUGGAAGGACUAUUCUCAAUCAAAUCCGAUGUGUAUAGUUUUGGUGUACUGCUGCUUGAAAUAAUUUCUGGCAAAAGGAACCACAGGUUGCUCCACCAUGAGCAUGAUCAAAACCUUCUCUCCUAUGCACGGAUGUUAUUGGAAGAAGGCAAUGGAGAGCAAUUGAUAGAUGGAAAUCUGAAGGAUGAUUGUCGAGUUAAUGAGGCUCUCAAAUGGAUGGACAUUGCUCUACUGUGCAUUCAAGAAGACCCUAGAGAUCGUCCCACUAUGUCAUCAGUUACUUUUAUGCUUGAAGGUGAACGGACAUCCCUUUCGAAGCCUAAACCUUCAAUGUCAUUUCCUAAAAUUAUCAUCUCUGAUCAUUCUUCAUCAAUGUCGAAAAGUGAUGAGGUUGGUUAUUUUUCAUCCGACCAAACCCUACAAGAUGAAGGUUACUAG